CGUACACGAAUAGUGGCGUCCUAUUUCUAUUUAUCUUUGUAAAUUUAUUUAUAUCAAUUAUUAAUUACUCUAAAUAUUCAUGAUAUAUUUAUAGAACUCCAAGUUAUAACUAGAUUAAGUUUUACCUAAAUAGUUUGAAGAGCAGCGUGACUGUUUGAAAAUAUGGAUAGGAAUAAUAUGAGAGCUCCGUACGUGAGCAGCGGCCCGCGCAGCCUACCGCACCUCGGCAAGCGGCACUCCAACGGGCACUCGCACGCUCACUCCGCCAGACUCAGCCCGCCGGCGCCCUCACACAACAACAACACACAACAGGACGACAUUAUCAACUAUAUUUAUGACUCGUGGAACAAGGUGACGCGCGAGCUGGAGCGCGGUGGCGAGGAGGCGCGCUACUACAGCGAGCCGCCGCCGCCGCGCCAGCUCGCCAACUUCCGCCCCUUCAACCUCGACGAGUGGUGGGGCCGCCGCCUGCUGCAGGCCAUCAACCGCUCCAAACACCGCUCCUAGUUCCCACCGGGGCACAAUUCUGUAAGGAGACAAGGAGACAUUUUAUGUGAGUCUUCAGUUAAACCACUGAAAUUGAAAAACAGUGUACGUUUUUCGAUUUAUCUUUGUAACCAUACCAAAAUAUUUGACGACCUCCCUUCAAUCUCGACGGGUAAAGUCGUCGUCUGCUUCUGGCUAUCGACCGGCAAAUACCGGUCCGAGUUUCGACCCGAGCAUAAUGGCUGAUCUAAGAGAGACAAUCGAGAUUUUAUAACAUCCCUGCAGCGUCAGAUGUCUUUAGUUAUACCGCUGAUAUUCAGAAAUGAUGCACUUCUUCCAAAUUAAAAUGUAACUGGUCAAAUGCUUGCUAAAAUGAUUGCCGGGCAACAAUGUCGGCAGCUUUUAGGUGCCCCCUAAAAGAAAAAUAUGAGUCUAAACUCGCAUGUCGAUGAAAAACUUUACUACGUACCAGGUAAAAUUAAACCAUGCCACAAUGUUCCACCUAAAGCGUCUGAACGAUUUUUACCUCAGAAAAGUAGAAAGGGAUGAAUAUUUGCGUGUGGUUUUUCAUCUGGGUAGCGAAAUGUGCAUUUUGUCUUAAGUUUUAUGCGGUAGCAUUUGUCUACAAAGUCGACAAAGAUUGGUUUUACUUGGUUUAAGUAGUCACGCAGAUAACGGAGUUACCAUAGACUUACAAAGUCGAACGUGGUAGUCAACUUAUACCUGAAAUAAAAUUAGUUCACCAUUUCUGUGAUAACUCCGUCAUCUGUGGUCUUUGAGCAACACUGGGAGUCUGCAUUCGCCUCUGCCGAAGCAUAUGCUCAACUGGGCAUGCACACUAGCGUUGUGACUAAUCCGUACAUAAAAAGAGAUCGAGGUGUGCAAGAUUUGUCUUUGACGUGUGUCAUUUUCUAUGUAUAUGUGUCGUCAUUACAGAUUGGAUUUUGUAUGUAGUGAUUGAGAAGUGCGACUAUGUGCACGUUUCCCCCCGCGAAAAAUGGCAGAACGAUUUGUACGGUGAGAUAUCGCUCGGGCUCCUCCCUUCCGACGUGUCGGAAGCCGGUGUUGGUCGAAGUCUGUGGUAGUUGUUACGUGGUUCGGUGAGAAAUAAAGUCUUGUUGCCGUUUGUUAUGAUGUCAAAGACAUGUACUAAUUUUAAAUUCAAAAUAUUUUAAUAGUCUUAAUUGCUCUGCAAUCCAAAUUUGGAUUUGAUUGUGUGAAACGUCUAGAUUAGGAUUGUUUUCAGAUCUAUUCAGGUUUAAAUUAGGUUUGGUUUGAAUCUGAAUCAUUGAAUCUCAUAGACUAUAUCGCUGGCCCAAUAUUACAGGGUUCUAUGUUUCACUUUUAUCGAACUGAAAUUUGAACAUUGUCAUAGUGAAAUUAAGGCGAAUUUCAACUAUCUUGAAAAUGUAACAUAAAACCCUGUAAUAUUGGGCCAGCGAUAUGUUAACAUGACCGCGUAUAUAACGAAGAAGUUCAUUUAAUUGACUUAAUAUUUUCAAGUUUAGUCGUUUAGUUAGGCUAUUAUAUUUCAAGUUGUAUAUUACAUUUAUUUUAUCAAAUUAUAGAAAUUUUCAUGUUAUAUCUACUAAGAAUCACCAGCUCUUUCGAUCCUAAUAGGAGAAAAAAGUGUCCGACUAUUUCCAUACAGUUUUAGAUCUUUCCAUUUCGUUACUGCCAUAAAGUUUAUGAAAAAUGGCAACAGGAUGGAAAUAACAAAUCUUGGGACACUUUUUUUCUCCUAUUAGGAUCGAUAGAGUACGAGGUCGAUCGAUCCUCGCCAGAUUUUGAGGAGAAGAAAUGACAUAAAAAAUCCGAAUAAAAAUAAUUACAACAUGAAAUUGCUCGUUUAUGUUCCUAUCCCAAAAUCUGCAUUAAAAUAUUGACGCAACGCAACGAGAUUUUAUUUAUUACCAACAAUUGUUUUAUAUACGCCUAUACAUAUUUUAGUUUCCCUUGCUUGUGUUAACGUUUUCCUAAGUUUAAAUUGCAUUUAAAUGAAAUAAUAAUACCUUCUAUUACAUCUAAAAUAUAUAAAGUUCGAGGUCAAAAUAUAUUAUAAAACUACAAUAAAAGCAAUAAUAUUAGUUUACCACAAGUAGGGAACCUGUAUUUUUAAGACAAUGUAAAUAUUUUAGCAUGAAUUUCAGUUUUAUUUAUAUUUAAGUGAAUAGUGUGACCGAUAGAACCAGCUAGUGUGUUUUUAAUUUUGACUCUGCUUGUAGUGAUAACUAGGAUUUCAUGUGAAAAGUUCUACCAUCAAAUGUGACGUCUCACGUGUAAAGGUACCUUAUGGCGGUUGGCGCUUACGCUAUUAUUAACGCCGCUCCAAUAUUAAUGCGGUGCUAUGCGAUGUAAGCGCCAGCCGCCAUAAGGUACCUUUUGCCGUGGAAGAUCACAAAUUAUAGACCUAUUUGACUUGACAUAGUGACAGGUGACAUUGCUAAAUUGUUACUAUUUGUGGCUUUCCAUUAAAGAAGGGUUAUGCUUCAUGUGCCUAAGGAGUUUUACUUCAGAUAUGGGUCUAGGAUGUGCAGGGCGGUCUUAACUGUGCUGGGGCCCCUGGGCACAUAAGAAUUUGGGGCCCUUUUGGAAAGUAAAGGAAGCGAAUUAAACUUACAUAUACUGGGUCAAGCAAAUCUUGUCAGUAGCAAACGGCGGCAAAUUUGAAAAAUCGCGGGUUAGCAACACUGUGUUCGAAAAAUUCGAAAAUCGCGUGUCAUCUGUGUUUUAUCUGUGGAAUGUGGAUCGCGAAUGACAGCCAUCAUCUUUGUUUACAUUCUGAAUCGAUUCUAUUUCAAGAGAUAUUUCUGCUGUGUCGCCAUUAAAUACCAAUAUAAUCAAUAAAAUUGUGCUUAAUAAAAGAUAAGGUGCCUACAAUGCCUACAGUUCCAACUGAUAAAUCUAAUAAAAUAUUAAAAUCCAAUAGGACAUCUAUCUACUGAAGCAAUGAUUUUAUUCAUUACAUUCUUGUUUAACGGCAUAUUCCACUUGUAAUUUUAUUUUGAGAUCUUCAAAUUCACCACACACCGCUUUUAAAUUGUCCAUCCAUACCAUUUAAUAACAAUUUCAAACAUUUUCAAUAGAGAAUCCACGAGUGACAAUUUGAAUUGACGUACGUAACAGGGCGCGCUCAGCGGAAAAAAAAGUUUUGGUUCGAUGCACGGAUUUAGAAUAUAACUUCAUGGUUCGAUGUACAUUGUACAUUGCUGCUUUUCUUAGCGCAAUACUACUCUUUGAGUGUUGCCCUACUUUAGUUUGCUUUACAUUGCUACUGACAAGAUUUGCUUGACGCACUAUAUUUCUACUAUUAUGUUCCAUUUAUUAUGAGUAUUCAUAAUCAAAUAUAUCGUUACUGUCUGUCCUUCGGGGCUCCGAAGGCCCCGUGUGCCCUUAUGGUAAAGACGGUACUGAGGGUGUGCACAUGGAGCAGGACUCUUCUCUGAUGGAAAGCCACAUACUGUACGACAAACAUAAUAACUUGCAUCUUAAAUUGCACAACAUCUAUACUGCAAAACGUAAUUCAAGACCAAAAAAAGUAAACAAUGUUGCCACUUUUUACUAGCGUGUCUUGUGUUUAUGUAAAAAUAAGUAAAUAAAAGUACUUUUUUUAAAUAGUAGCAGUAAAAUUACGAAUAAAUCUUCAGCGUGAUUAUUUAUCACAAGGAAUUUACUAUUUUACAAACAAGUUAUUGCAAUGGCAACAUUGUCUUACUUUUUUUGGUCUUGAAUUACGUUUUGCAGUUUAGUAGCGAUAUAUAAGGCUGUCCAUAUCAAAAGGUACAUUAUCCAGUUGCUAUAAAAUACCUUUUGAUUUAGAAAGCCACUUAUGGGCAUACAUAUUAUGUUCUUUGUCACUCAAGAGUUGAAUACGGCUAUUAUUUGUGCUCAAAAUCUGUAACUCUACACAGUUUUAAAUAUUCUUGAUAUUUAAUAUGAUGACUUAACAGACAAAAUAAUUAGAAUAUUUUAAAUACCUAUUUAAAUAAUUAGGCAGCGAUCCCCAAUUAUACUGUUUUUUUUUAAAUUAUUAUAUUUAUCAGUAUGUAAUGAAUUUCGCGCCACCCCACGUGGAUGUGCCACAAUGUUUGGAAAUAGAAUAAUGGUGGAUAAUUUUUUUUGUGUUACUUGUCUCGUUGUCCAAGGGACAAUAUUGGUACAGUUCUCUAGAAGAAAUGUAGCUCGUUAUAGGGACCGUGCCCGUUGUAGCGUCUGCCAUGUUGUGGCGUCAGCCGCGUUAGAUGAAGACGCUGGUUUGAUUCCGGUCCCGGCCACCACAGGGCAUCCCUUUACCAUAAAAUCAGGGUUUAAAAGCCAUAACAGACGGGCGUACCGGACCGUGACCUUCAAUCUGGUCCAAUCCGAGGCUUGUUCGAGCGUGCAGAAGGUAGUCCGCCGUACAUCCGUUAAGAACGCAGCUAUAAGUGUGAGAAAGAGAUAUGCUGACCGUUUCAAGGUCGCGGUCCGGUACGCUCGUCUGUUACAACUUUAAACACGAAAAAAUUGAUUCACGACCCUAGAACAUUAUUGACCCAUGCAAUGUUUUUACUAUACGCAGACUAAUGAAUUUCUGGAUUAUAAUUAUGAUAUACAAUAACGUUGACAUUCCAUACAUGCCUGUACUUAGACUUCGAAUGUUGUAAAUAGGUUUACAGGCACACAGUGCUGCCAGAUUAUGGAUUUGAAUAAAAUGUUUUUACUAUG